AUUGUGUUUGGGGCCCGUAUGUUAGAGAUGACAGCUCUGUGUUAAAGCGCUUGUGUAACUCCUCGUGCGUCAGUACCGCGGUGAUUACGCGUCUGCUCGACUGCUGCUGGGUCUGUGUCAUGGGGAGCUGGAUGUUGUCCGCCGGGGUUCGCCGGGUGUCUUCGGUUCUCCGGCGGGUCUCCUCGGGUGUUUCCCCCGGCUCGACUCGCUUCGGCUCCGGCUGUCAGGAGCGGCUCUGCUGGCCUCCGCUGUCCGGGGAUGUGGAUCGCUUCGGCGGCGUCACGGUGCGAGACUUUCCGCCGGACAUCAGCGAGGACGAGUUCAGCGAGCUGCUGCGGGAGUCUCUCGGCCGGUGGAGGUCAGAUGGACGUGUCGCUGCAUGGCUGCACGUCCCCAUCUCUCUCAGCAGACUCUCUGCGGCCGCGGCGCGUCUCGGCUUCAGCUUCCAUCACGCUCGGAGACACGAGGCCGUCCUCAGUCUGUGGCUCGGGCCGGGGGAAGACAGACUGCCUGCAUUCGCCACACAUCAAGUAGGAGUCGCAGGUGCUGUUGUGGACGAAUCCAACGGCAAAGUCCUUGUUGUCCAGGACAGAAAUAAGACUACGAAUGCUUGGAAGUUUCCCGGUGGUCUGUCAGAUCUUGGAGAAAACAUCGGCGAGACGGCCGUCCGGGAGGUUUUUGAGGAAACGGGCGUCCGAUCUCAGUUCUGUUCGCUCCUCAGCGUCCGUCAGCAGCACAAUCAUCCGGGAGCGUUCGGGAUGUCCGACCUGUACCUGAUCUGCAGACUCCGGCCGCUCUCCUUCCACAUCGACUUCUGCCCUCACGAGUGUCUGCGCUGCGAAUGGCUGGACCUGACUGAACUGGCCCAGACCAGCGACAGCACGCCGGUCACCAGCCGCGUCGCCAGACUCCUGCUGUACGGACUGGAAAACGGCUUCCAGAACAUCGACCUGACGAUGGAGCAGAUGCCGGCCGUUUACUCCGGCCUUUUCUAUCAGCUCUACCACAGACGACUUCCAGAGACGGCAUAGAGCAACCCCACACCACACUAAACCGU